CUUGGGCUCUACCUGGGGGACUUUCUGAGAACCAGCCACUGCAACUGGCCCUACAAAAACAGAUGAGAGGGAAGACAGAAGUCCAAGAUGUUCUUUUCCCUCAAAGUAGGAAUACCCCGGCCUCAGACAGACCCAGCUGGAAGGGCUCUGAGAGGCCGAAAGACUAGGCAGGACCAGAACAAGGCUGGGGGAAAGGGAGGGCCCAGCCCUGCACCAGUGGGCGUGGCUCCACCCUUCCCACCUCAGAGCCAUGGGGAGCCGGGGUCCUGGUGGGUGGCCCCUGGUGCAAGCCCCCUACACAGUUCUGUUGCUGCCACUGGAGACAAGUCGCCAAGACCCAGGGGCCCGGAGCUUCUUCCUCUGGCUGCAGAGGAUGCAGGCACUGGAGCGAGAGCAGGACGCCCUUUGGCAGGGGCUGGAGCUGCUGGAGCAUAGCCAGGCCUGGUAUGAGGGCCGUCUGAGGGAGGCUCAGCAACAGCAGCUGCACGUGGGGGCCCUUGGUGAGAAUUUUCUAACGGAUUUACACUCAGAGCCUGGUGGCCCCCAGUUAGCCCAGAUUCAGAGAGUGAACAUCUGCUUGCAGAAUCUGCUUCAGGGGAAGUUCUUCCCACAUUCCCCAAACAAAGCUAGUUCCUGCACCACCCAGGACUGGAAGGGAAGGCCAAGGAAACAGGACAUGUGGUGGCAACAGGAGAUGUCAAGGCAGCAGAAAGGAGGCAUUCAGCCAACAGGGGUGAUGGCUCAGCCAGGCUGCCCCCAUGGACGGAGAGGCCCUACCCGUGUCUAAAGGCUCCUUUGGUCCCCUCAGUCAUGCCGGCGAGACUGAGAGAAUCCCCAGCCUCCUUAUUCUGACUCAGCAACUAAAUGGCUCUGGGUGGCAGGUCAGCUGAAAUCCAAAUAUACUGGUGUAAAGUUUCUUCUCUGCUCCUGAAAACUUCCAUUUUAUGUUUUUUGGCAUUUCAUGCUCUCACUCUUCCCUAUGCAUGCAUGCUCAGUUGCUUCAGUCAUGUCCAACCCUUUGCGAGCCCACCAGGCUCCUCUAUCCAUGGGGAUUCUCCAGGCAAGAAUACCUGAGUGGGUUGCCAUGCCCUCCUCCAGGGAAUCUUCCUGACCCAGGAUCGAACCUGCACUUCUUACAUCUCCUGCAUUGGUUCUUUACCACUAGCACCCACCUGGAAAGCCCCCCACUCUUUCCGAUACGAUGUACAUAAGUGAUCUUUCUCUGAAAUCUCUCUGGGGAGAAGACAUGUUUAUUGGCAUUGUCCUUCAAUUUUAAAUACAAAAAUAAAAUAGAAGCCUCUCCAGAAUUUCAAAAAUAAAAUAGGAGCACCUCCAGAAUGUCAAUAACACUUUGGGUAGGAGGUAGGGAACC